AUGAAUGACAUCAAGACUAACCGAGAACUAUACCAGCAAUACACCGCCAUGGACCCCAAGGUGCUGGCCCGCAUCUCCAGGCUGCUCAUCGUCUGCCAGGGUGCAGGCAUUUCUGUACCCAAGGGCAUCAGAAACAUCUUUGAGUUUACUUGGGAGGAGCUGAUCACUGACCCCAUGAUCCCUACCCCUUCUGAGAUCCUGGGCCUGGAGAUCAGCAUUGGAGCCCCGCCCGUGGUGCUUAUGGAACCGGCCCCUGUGCAGGCGCCUGUCCAGAACAAGCCACCUCCGCCAGUGCUACCACUGCCGAUGCUGCCCGCUUCCACUGGGCCGGCCAAAUUCUCCACACACACUCCUACCCACGGCCAACGGCCAUCCAGCCAGGAGACCCUGCACAGGUUCCAGAGGCAGUCUAUCCACCUAUUGACCGAGCUCCUCACCCUGAAGAUGAAGGCCACGCUGGAGUCCAUGUCCAAUUCUUCCACAAACAUCCCAGCCAUGGGAGUGAACUCACCUUACCAGCUUGUCUACGAGUCCUCUACUGGCUGUCUGAGCUUUUCCCUCUCAACCGGAAGGGAAGUCAAGAAAAAACAGGGGAAACAAAGAACCACUGAAGAAGUAGUCUUGACAUCCCCACAACGAGGAGCGGGAACCUCUGCCUCUGAGGUUAUCGAGUUCAGCGACCCCUGCCCUGACGCCCGGGAGAAGCUGCAGGAGAUGUGUCGCCUUGUAGAAGCCGAAAGGGUCUCGUGGAAAGGGAGGAAUAUCUUCUACCUGAUCUUACGCAACUACAGGGCAAAGAUGCCCCCUCAUCUAAUGUCUACCCCCAAAGGGGAUGCUCAGAUCCCAAGCUCCCACCAUCCGCACCCUCCAGGUGCUCAGACUUCCACUCCCACCCCUCACCAACCUCCUGCCCAUCAUCUUCACUUGGACCGGCAUUCUCAGGAAUGGAAGGCACCCAAGAAGGCCAUCAAGUUGCAUUACACCUUCUAUGAUGGGUCGUUCUUCGUUUACUAUCCCUCUGGACACAUCGCCGUGUGUCAGAUCCCCAUGUGCUGCAGAGGGAGAGCCAUCACCUGCCUCUUUAAUGACACACCCAGCUUCUCCUUCCUGGCCGUGUUCAAUGCUGAAGGCCAGGGCUGCAUUCACUACAACCUGAAGGCCUGCUGCCCAUACGUCUUGGUGUUGGAUGAAGAAGGUGGGACCGCCAACGACUACAACGGCUAUGUAGUCCACAAGUGGAGCUGGACCUCCAAGACAGAGACUUUGCUCUCUCUGGAAUACAAGGUGAAUGAGCAAAUGAAGCUGAUGGUGCUAGGACAGGAUUCUAUCAUGGCCACCUUUACCUCCCUGAAUGAGACAGUAACACUCCCCAUAUCGGCCAACAGCUGUCCACAUGUGACAUCGCACAAUAAACGGAUGACCCGCAGAAUCAGCAGCAUGGAUGAAAAGAUGUCUAAGAUGAGUCGGGCCCUGGUAGAGAUCAAGAGGCGGUUUCAGAAGACAGCGUCCCAGUUCAUGAACUCCGUCCUGCUGGCGGCAGGCUUGUUCACUGUAGAAUAUCCGGUAAAGGAAGAGGCAGAAAUCAUUCGGACCAGAUUAAGGUCCGGGCCCUAUCCUGAGCACGCCACCAAGCUGAGUUUAUACUCAGGAGAAAUCCUUUUAUUACGAUCUCAGUCAGCCCGACCCGAAUCCUCAAUUGGAGAGUCUUCGAAGGAGGAGCCUGUGUUGGCUCCUGUGAGCACCACUCGGAAGAAACCCAUCAAGGUCCAGGCCAAGGCCACAGUCACACCCAGGGGCUCCCCUGAGCUGGAGAGGAUCAGGCUCCAGCCUGUAGCCCCCCUGCCAGAAGGCAGCUAG